CAUACUUUCAAUGAAGCACUUUUCACCUACAAUGACUAAAAACAACUUCAGCUAGAAUAAAAAGUAGUUACAUGUGCGGUAAAUCCCACACUUCACAGGAAAAACAUCACGGACUACAAAGGCUAACCGGAAGUAGCAAAAAGUGGCGUGUGUUUAUAUGGAGAACUGCGGUGAGUAUUAGACUGUUCAAAGGGCACAGUAAAAGCAGCUGAUGUGACUGAUUCAACAGCAUCGAACAGUGGCACAUUACUCAAGAGGCAGUUACCUAAACUAAAAAUCAACCUGCAGAUGAGAGUUCUUCGCUCCUUUUGCACAGUCAGAGGUUUUUACUCUCACACACACACGACAGCCAAAAACAGACGAGGUCUGAGCGGGGCAGCAAUGCGUCUUGUCCAGUUUCAACGCUGUGCUGUUGGAGAUGGCAUCAGGGUGGGGGUGGAACAAGGCGAGGGGCUCGGUGUGGUAGAUCUGAAGGCGUUUGACCCCUCCAUGCCUUCGACUAUGAGAGAGCUGCUGGAGCUGGGAGACAAGGGGCUGGCGUGUGCACAGAGAGCCUUGGCCUCUGGCCAGUUUGUUGUGGACAGAGCAAACAUCCAGCUGCUGUCUCCUAUUUUGGCCCCAGAGAAGGUUGUGUGUGUGGGUAUGAACUAUCAAGAUCACUGUCUGGAGCAAAACGCCCCCAUCCCUAAAGAACCAAUCAUCUUCAACAAGUUCCCCAGUGCCAUCACAGGGCCAUAUGAUGACAUCAUUCUGCCACAAGAGAGCAAGGAGGUAGACUGGGAGGUGGAGCUGGCCUUUGUGAUUGGACGAAGAGGAAAACACAUCAAGGAAGAAGAGGCGCUCUCCUACGUGGCCGGGUUCACCGUGGCCAAUGACGUCACCGCUCGCGACUGGCAGUUGCGCAACGGGACGCAGUGGCUGCUGUCAAAGACGUUCGACAGCUUCUGCCCCCUCGGACCCGCUUUGGUAACCAGUGAUGCUGUGGAAGAUCCGCACAACCUGGACAUUCGCUGCCUGGUUAAUGGAGACACAGUCCAGAAGAGCAACACAGGUCAGAUGAUCUUCAGGAUCCCAGCGCUGAUUGCUUGGGUUUCAAAGUUUGUGGCUUUAGCUCCAGGAGACGUUUUCCUGACAGGUACUCCUCCAGGUGUGGGCGUUUUCAGAAAGCCACCCAUCUUUCUGAAGAAAGGAGACGUGGUGGAGUGCCAGAUCGACCAGUUAGGCUCCAUUAUCAACAAAGUGGUUUAAAGCCGGAGAUGACGAUUCAGGAAGGACAUCAGCCGAUCGACCAACCACAUUUCUAGUCUCGGUCAUUAAACCCAGCAGCAGAUGUGUUGAAACCUACAUGUUGGUUGUUGAAUGUGUGUUUUUUUUACAAUAUCUCUGUACCAAUGAGGCCAAAUGUGGUAUUUUUACUACACGUGUAAUUAGUGACUCACAGCAAGGCUCCAUCAGCGGCCACCCACUCACGUUAACAACAGACCGUGAACUUCUUUUAACAUAGCAAUAUAAAGACUUCUAUUUGGUUGGAGUUCAUUUUUGAUUUUUAGACGACUCGUGUGUUAAUUUUCUCAUGAAACAGGCUGACUGGUUGUAAUAGAAUUUUAAACAGAAUCUGAUGGCUUCACUUUCUUUUCAUUCAUGUUUUUUUUUCCCUUUUUAGGCUUGAGAAAUUCCACUAGUUUCACUUGAGUAAAGAUGAAUCAGAUAUUUGA